GAUGAAGACUGUGCUCAUGGUUGCAGAAAAGCCAUCUUUGGCCCAGUCCAUCGCCAAAAUUCUUUCUCGAGGGACCAUGGCCUCACACAAAGGGCUAAAUGGAGCCUGCUCUGUCCACGAAUAUACAGGGACCUUCGCUGGCCAGCCCGUCCACUUCAAGAUGACAUCUGUCUGUGGUCAUGUGAUGACCCUGGAUUUUCUGGGAAAGUACAACAAGUGGGACAAAGUGGAUCCCGCUGAGCUAUUCAGCCAAGCACCAACAGAGAAGAAAGAAGCCAACCCCAAGCUGAACAUGGUGAAGUUCCUGCAGGUGGAGGGUCGGGGUUGUGACUACAUCGUACUAUGGCUGGACUGUGACAAAGAGGGCGAGAAUAUCUGCUUUGAGGUGCUAGAUGCUGUGCUGCCAGUCAUGAAUAAAGCCCAUGGCAGUGAGAAGACAGUCUUCCGGGCCAGGUUCAGCUCCAUCACCGACACAGACAUCUGCAAUGCCAUGGCUCGCCUGGGGGAACCUGACCACAAUGAGGCACUCUCAGUGGACGCCCGUCAGGAGCUGGACCUGCGCAUCGGCUGCGCCUUCACUAGAUUUCAGACGAAAUAUUUCCAGGGGAAAUAUGGUGACUUGGACAGCUCUCUCAUCUCCUUUGGGCCAUGUCAGACUCCCACCCUGGGGUUCUGCGUGGAGAGACACGAUAAAAUCCAGUCCUUCAAGCCUGAGACAUACUGGGUGCUGCAGGCCAAGGUAAACGCUGACAAGGACAGAGCACUCCUUCUGGACUGGGAUCGUGUGCGCGUGUUUGACCGUGAGAUUGCACAGAUGUUUUUAAACCUGACGAAGCUAGAGAAUACAGCCCAGGUGAAGGCCACCAGCAAGAAGGAGAAGGCCAAGCAAAGGCCCCUGGCCCUGAACACCGUCGAGAUGCUGCGGGUGGCCAGCUCUUCUCUGGGCAUGGGGCCACAGCAUGCCAUGCAGACCGCAGAGCGCCUCUACACACAGGGAUACAUCAGCUAUCCACGUACUGAGACCACACACUACCCUGAGAACUUUGACCUGAAGGGCCCUUUGCGGCAGCAAGCCAAUCACCCAUACUGGGCCAACACAGUGAAACAGUUGUUAGCAGAAGGGAUCAACCGCCCACGGAAAGGCCAUGAUGCUGGUGACCACCCCCCCAUUACCCCUAUGAAGGCAGCCACAGAGGCCGAAUUGGGGGGCGAUGCAUGGCGGCUGUACGAGUACAUCACGCGACACUUCAUUGCCACAGUGAGCUAUGACUGCAAGUACCUGCAGAGCACCAUCACCUUCCAAAUCGGACCUGAGCACUUCACCUGCUCCGGGAAGACAGUCCUCUCCCCAGGCUUCACAGAGAUCAUGCCCUGGCAAAGUGUGCCUCCUGAGGAGAGUCUGCCCACCUGCCAGCGCGGUGAUGCCUUUGCUGUGAACGAGGUGAAGAUGCUGGAGAAGCAGACUAGCCCGCCCGACUACUUGACAGAGGCCGAGCUCAUCACCCUCAUGGAGAAGCAUGGCAUUGGAACGGAUGCCAGCAUCCCGGUGCACAUCAACAACAUCUGCCAGCGCAACUAUGUCACUGUGGAGAGUGGGCGCCGGCUCAAGCCUACCAACCUUGGCAUUGUCCUGGUGCAUGGCUACUACAAGAUCGAUGCAGAGCUAGUGCUCCCCACCAUCCGCAGCGCUGUGGAGAAGCAGCUGAACUUGAUUGCCCAUGGCAGGGCUGACUACCGCCAAGUGCUGGGGCACACCCUGGAUGUCUUCAAGAGGAAGUUCCACUACUUCGUUGACUCUAUCGCUGGUAUGGACGAGUUGAUGGAGGUGUCUUUCUCACCCCUGGCCGCCACUGGCAAGCCCCUCUCCCGCUGCGGGAAGUGCCACAGGUUCAUGAAGUAUAUCCAGGCCAAGCCAAGUCGCUUGCACUGCUCUCACUGCGAUGAGACGUACACCCUCCCUCAGAAUGGCACCAUCAAGCUCUACAAGGAGCUCCGGUGCCCACUGGACGACUUUGAGCUAGUAUUGUGGUCAUCUGGCUCUCGGGGCAAGAGUUAUCCGCUGUGCCCCUACUGCUACAACCACCCCCCCUUCCGAGACAUGAAGAAAGGCAUGGGCUGCAAUGAGUGCACACAUCCCACCUGCCAGCACUCACUGAGCAUGCUGGGUGUUGGCCAGUGUGUGGAGUGUGAAAAUGGCGUACUGGUGCUGGACCCCACCUCAGGCCCCAAGUGGAAGGUUGCCUGCAAUCGGUGCAAUGUGGUGGCACACUGCUUUGAGAAUGCCCACCGUGUGCGUGUGGCAGCAGACACCUGCAGGACCUGUGAGGCUGCCCUGCUUGACGUGGACUUCAACAAGGCCAAGUCCCCACUGCCUGGCGGCGAGACCCAGCAUACAGGCUGUGUCUUCUGUGACCCAGUCUUCCAGGAGCUGGUAGAGCUAAAACACGCAGCCGCCUGUCACCCCAUGCACCGAGGGGGUCCUGGCCGUAGACAGGGCCGAGGGCGGGCUCGUGGUCGCCGGCCCCUGGGCAAGCCUGGCCCCCGGCGGCCAAAGGACAAGAUGUCAGCACUGGCCGCCUACUUUGUAUGAGGGCC